GAGCCCCAGAUUGACAGUUGACCAUUUUGCUCAUUCUGUGCCACAAAGAAAUCAGCUGGUUCCUGAAAGAGAGCAACAAGUGCUACUGCUUUCAAAACUGCAUUCAGCUGCUUUAACAAGACACCACUUUACCUCCCACGUGGUGCAUUCAUGAGUCGUACUUUCAUCUGCAGGGAGAAUUUUUAAUAAAAGCGAUGAAUGCUCUUGACUAGAACUCACUGUUGGUCAGACGAUAAAACAAAAGACCAAGAAGGACGUAGACCUUAACAGCAAGGGGCCAUGGCUUACUCAAGCUACAGUAACCUGAGCAGGGCUCAACUUACAUUUGAAUACCUGCACACAAAUUCGACAACUCACGAGUUCUUAUUUGGGGCCUUGGCUGAACUUGUGGACAAUUCAAGAGAUGCUGAUGCCACACGAAUCGACAUCUACACAGAGAAAAGACCAGAGUUGCGUGGUGGUUUUUCACUUUGCUUUUUGGAUGAUGGCAUCGGGAUGGACCCACUUGAGGCAACUCAUGUGAUUCAGUUUGGAAAGUCAAGCAAACGGUCCCCUGAGUCCACCCAGAUUGGCCAGUAUGGAAAUGGAUUGAAAUCGGGAUCAAUGCGAAUUGGGAAAGACUUCAUUUUGUUCACAAAGAAAGAAAAUACACUAACUUGCCUUUUCCUGUCAAGAACAUUUCAUGAAGAGGAAGGACUUGAUGAGGUCAUAGUGCCUCUACCCUCAUGGGAUUUAAAAACCAAGGAGCCCCUGACUUCUGAUCCUGAGAAGUAUGCAAUAGAGACCGAACUCAUCUUCAAAUACUCGCCUUUUAAAAAUGAGCAGCAGCUGAUGGAGCAGUUCAGCAAAAUAGAAAGUGACAGUGGCACUCUUGUGGUCAUCUACAACCUAAAGCUGAUGGACAAUGGAGAACCAGAGCUGGAUGUGGAGUCUGAUCACCAGGACAUACUCAUGGCUGGGACACCUGUGGAAGGAGUGAAGCCUGAAAGGAGGUCGUUCAGGGCCUACACUGCUGUUCUCUACAUUGACCCACGCAUGAGGAUUUUUAUCCAGGGACAUAAAGUCAGGACUAAGAGACUGUCCUGCUGUCUUUAUAAACCGAGGAUGUAUAAAUACACAUCAACUCGGUUCAAAACACGUGCCGAACAAGAGGUGAAAAAAGCAGACCACCUUUCAAAAAUUGCUGAGGAGAAGGCCAGAGAAGCAGAUAGCAAACGUGUUGCGAUGGAAGCCAGAUUGGGAGAUGACUUGUCAAAAGAAUCAAGAGCAAUUCUGAGAAAAGUUCAGGAUUCAGCCAUGAUGCUGCGAAGAGAGGCUGACAUAAGAAAAAGAAAUCUUGAAGCCAAACAAAAAGCAUUGAAAGAACCCAAGGACCUAAACUUUAUAUUUGGACUGAAUAUAGAACAAAGAGAUUUGGAUGGGAUGUUUGUUUAUAACUGCUCUCGCCUCAUCAAGUUGUAUGAGAAGACGGGGCCUCAGCUCGAGGGAGGCAUGGCCUGUGGGGGUGUAGUUGGAGUUGUAGACGUCCCAUAUUUGGUCCUGGAGCCUACUCACAACAAACAAGACUUUGCAGAUGCUAAAGAGUACCGACACUUACUGAAGGCCAUGGGCGAAUAUUUAGCUCAGUACUGGAAGGAUAUAAACAUUGCUCAAAAAGGUAUCGUAAAGUUCUGGGACGAGUUUGGAUAUUUGUCUGCAAGCUGGUCUGCACCUCCCUCAUCAGAGCUGAGAUACAAAAGACGUCGUGCAAUGGAGAUACCACUUACUAUUCAGUGCGACAAAUGUUUGAAGUGGAGGACGCUGCCUUUCCAGUUAGAUGCAGUGGACAAACGCUACCCAGACAGCUGGGUGUGUCUCAUGAACCCUGACAGCAGCCAGGACAGAUGUGAUGCUGCUGAACAGAGGCAGAAUCUACCUUGCGGUGUUUUGAAAAAAGACAAACCGACAGCUGACGACAAAAAGAAGGAGUUAGCUGAGAAAAUCAAACAGCAGCAGGAGAAACUAGAAGCCUUGGAGAAAACCAGCACAAUAAAAUCUGCAGAAGAUAUCAAGAAGUUACCACUCGAGGUCAGCACUAGACCAACGAAGACUUUACAGACAACUAGGUCUUCAGAACGGACCACAACUCGCCCACGUUCCCCACCCCUACCGGCCCACCUGAAAAAUGCCCCCAGCGUUCCUCCAACUCGUACAGCUUCUCAGCGCCCCAGCCGAACGUCUGCGCCCCCAACCCCACCAGCUAAAGUUGAACUGUCCAGAACAAGAGCUGCAGCAAAGCCUCCUCCACCUGCACCAAAGCCAGUUCCCAAAACCCCUGCAAAGGCACCCCCACUCAGCCGCAGCCCACGAGCCUCCACCAAAGCAGCAUCGGUUAAACCAGCACCUGCUGGACAGCGUAAGAGAAUAAUUGAGCAGGAAAACAGUGAAGAGGAGGAGGAGGAGGAAGAAGAAGAAGAAGAGGAAGAGGAGGAGGAGGAAGAAGAAGAAGAAGAWAGCGAGGAGGAGAAUGAAGAAGAACCACAAACAAAGAAACUUAAGAUGGCCACAGCAACCAGUAACCGUGGUAAAGUGGUAGAGAAGGCCCCCCCACCCAAACGUGGCAAGCUGGACGAGGUUAAAACACAAACUCAGCCUGAGAAGAAAACAAUUUCCACUCCUUUGCGGCAGCCACCAACCACCCCAGCCUCUGUCGCUAAAUCUAUUUCCACUCCACAGCAAGACGCUAAAGCAAAGGCAUCUGAGAAAGAGAAGGAAGCAGAGAACGACAUAAAAAAUGCUCAGAAAGAUAAGGGUUUGCUGGUUGAAGUACGUGUCAACAAAGAAUGGUUCACUGGCAAAGUCAUUGCUGUGGAGACGAACAAACAGAGUGUUCGUUGGAAAGUUAAGUUCGAUUACGUUCCCCGAUCAACUCCCAAAGACCGGUGGGUGUUUAAGGGGAGUGAUGAAGUACGGUUGAUGCGGCCACCGUCCCCCAUCUCUCAGACGCCUGAUACCCAACAGGAGGUUGAGAAAGGCCCAGCACCCAUGGAGCCGGACACGACUCAGCCUGGAACCAGUCGAGAGGUGACUGACAGCCUGGUCGCCAUGAUGAGGACAAUGCUGCGUUAUUUCUACCCUCCUGCUUUUCGGAUUCCAAAGGACGAUGUUAACAGUAUGACAGCAGAGGAGUUGGUGGCCUUUCCUUUGAAAGAGUAUUUUCAACAAUAUGAAUCGGGUCUCCAGUCGUUGUGUAACUCAUACCAGAGCAGAGCUGAUGCCAGAGCCAAAGCUGUGGAAGAAAAGAACAACAACGCUGAGCUGAAAUUGAAGGAGGCCGAUGAGAAACUACAGAAACUACGAACAAACAUUGUAGCACUUCUGCAAAAAGUGCAAGAGGACAUCGACAUUAACACGGACGAUGAACUCGAUGCUUACAUAGAAGACCUCCUUACCAAAGGUGAUUGAAGAUGACGUGGAAAAGGAGAUGAAUAUUAAAAACUUGAAGUUUUCAGUCCAGCCACCAUGUGCUGAUAACUCCCCAAAGACCGAUUGGGGUAUCAAUAUUUGGGGGUGCUAACAGUUCUUGUUCCCACCACAUGUUUAAAUCUUUAGUUUGAGUUGUUUUUUCUUUGUUGAUUAGCCUUGUGAUCUUUCCUUUUAGUCGUUUUUAUAUACCUGCUCAUAGACUGUAUGUUUAUCUGUUUAAAAUAUGUAAACCCAAUUCAACUUUGUAUUUUUAUGUAGGUUAAUGUGUGCUUACUUUUUUAUAUAUUCAGCUAUCGUGAUAAGUUACAUUUGCUUUCAUUUGGCCCUCUGUCAGUGGAGUAUCACACACUUUUAAUUUGUAACACUGCAAGUCCCUUUAAUAGUUGGACUUAGCUGGUUUGUGCUGUUCAUCUCAACAGUAAGUUUUAUUUUUGUACACUAAAAACAUAACUGUUGCUCUUUAUCUUUGUCCAGUUUUGGUUUGUAAACCAAGUUGAUCUGUAACUUUAAGUGUGAGAUGCCACAAUGCAAGCACAAGUGACUUGCCAGGUUUUAUCAGUAUUGAUACUCCUUCGGUUCCUUCUACAAUUAGGAUGAAUGUUUUUUGGGUGAGAAACGUCAAAUUUGCUCAUUGUAAGUUUGUAUGUUCAUGAUCAUUUUGUACCUUCAUUCUUCCCUUUUGAAAAAGAAGUUAAACACGCCAUAACAAUGUUUUAUUAAACAGUGCAUGCCUAAGAUCUUGUUCUAAUAAGAGCAAAUUGUUCUGUAUUUCUGAGAAAUCUUAACCUAAAACAAUAAACCAGUGCAGCAACACUUUCAAA